ACCAAACGCUAAAUUCGUUUGAGUUUUCUCAGCCGCUGUAUGUGCUGUUUGGUUUUACAAUUUCUGUUUUAAAAUACAUUAUAACUAUUGUCGGAGUGUUUAAAGUAGAUUUAUUUGUUGGUGUUUUCUGCCCAACUAAUUCUAAACUUCAAAAACGUUAUUCGGUUAUUAUCGACCUGUCAAGAAGACAUUUUUUCAUCAAGCUGUCCGUGCAAAAUUCGCAAAAUAGGAGACGAAAAUCCCUUUAAGUUUUCUAAUUUCAUAUCGAAUCUGCCACCAAUAGGUGGUAGAGAGAUGCCCCGCUGCAGCAAACGCACGCGGAGCGGCGCGCCGGCCAACGGCGACGUGCUGCCCGGAGCCACCGCCAUCGAGGAGCACCACCAUCACAAACGGUCCAGGAACAGCAGCUCACGUCGACAUUCCAAAGCAGAAGACACUAGUUUCAGUGCAAAAAAAUGUAUAGCAUGGUUCAAAGAAUACACUACAGCGUCAGAGCCAGAUAUUUUAGGUCCAGAAGGAAUGGAAAAGUUUUGCGAAGACUUAGGUGUGGACCCUGAAAAUGUUGUGAUGUUGGUUAUCGCUUACAAAAUGGGAGCCAAACAAAUGGGAUACUUCACACAAGAGGAAUGGCUAAAAGGACUUACGGAAUUACAAUGUGACAGUGUGCACAAAUUGCAGAACAAAUUAGAAUUUUUACGCAGUUUACUCAAUGACCCCUAUAUUUUUAAAGCCGUAUACAGAUAUUCUUAUGAUUUCGCUAGGGACAAGGAGCAGCGCUCGCUAGACACAGGCACGGCGCGCGCUCUGCUAGGCGUCCUGCUGCCGCGCUGGGCGCUGCGCGGAGCCCUGGCCGACUUCCUGGCGCGCGCGCCGCGCUACCGCGUCGUCAACCGCGACCAGUGGUGCAACAUCCUCGAGUUCAGCCGCUGCGUGGACGCACAGCUCACCACCUACGACGCGGACGGCGCCUGUCAGUAUGCCUCGAUGCCUCUGUAACUGUACUGUAUACGACAUAGACUUCCUGGCGCGCGCGCCGCGCUACCGCGUCGUCAACCGCGACCAGUGGUGCAACAUUCUCGAGUUCAGCCGCUGCGUGGACGCACAGCUCACCACCUACGACGCGGACGGCGCCUGUCAGUAUGCCUCGAUGCCUCUGUAACUGUACUGUAUACGACAUAGACUUCCUGGCGCGCGCGCCGCGCUACCGCGUCGUCAACCGCGACCAGUGGUGCAACAUCCUCGAGUUCAGCCGCUGCGUGGACGCACAGCUCACCACCUACGACGCGGACGGCGCCUGGCCAGUGAUGCUGGACGAGUUCGUGGAAUGGUUGCGAGCAGAGCGCAGCGGUGACGCCAGCAUGGCGCCGGCCAGCUGAGGCCGGGACGCCGCCGCGCCGCGCGACCGCUAACCCCGCCCCCGCCGACCGCCAGGUACAGUCACGCGCAGAAACAUCGUCAACGGAACGCUAACGCAGCAUCAUUUAUGAAGAGUAUACAGUCUUGUGCUCGUGACUGUACGGACACGUUUGUUUAGUGUGGGAUUGGUCUGAACCCGGACUUAAAUGCGCAUGCACAGUAUAGACGACAUCUCCUCAGGCUAUAUGUUUUGUUGCGAAUUACAUCCAGCCGACUAGUGUUUAGGUUGAUGCGCUGUCGACUAUACGCGUGACGGAAAUGCCAUCGAAUACUUAUAUUCAAUUUAUGAAUAGCCUUAGCGUUUAGAAAUAUGUCAUCGGCUAGCAAUAAUUUAUUGAAUUUUCACGACGCGUGUUUAAAUUGUGUAUCCGAUUUAAAUUAUUAAAAUAUCAUUUUGUAACAUGAAUUUGCUGAAUAUACAAUGAUAUUUUAAUUCUCAAUAAGACUAAUCCUAGACUGAAGAAACUUGCGUAGGUGGACUUAAGUAACUGAAAUAUGAAGUUAGACACCCAAUUAUGAUUUUACUUAUCCCACAAUGUCUAUGUGGUACUGCUAUGAUUUCUAAUAUUGAAACGUUCUAAAGUCUACUAUAACUAUGGUCUUAUGUAUAUCAUAAUAACAUAACAUUAAGCAAUGAGCUGUGUAAAAUCGCAACUAUUAUGUUUGUGUUUCAACACUAAGAAUGGGUGUCUAACAACAAAUAAAUUGCUUUACUCUGCACAAAAACAAAUCACACCGUUUUAUACAAAUACCAAUUAAAUUGGUCAACAUAAUGAAUUGUGGUUAGUACGUUCACUGGUUACUGUCAGCAUGACUAUCCAGUCUUAUACCACAUAUUUAGCAGAACUGGGUUUUUGUUGCAAAGACUUGUUAAACUGGGUCCACAGCACCUGUAGCUUUGUCGGUUUCUUUGAACGCGUUCAACCAAUCAUGUCAGAUGACAAGGGAUUUCAUAUGCACUGAAAUUGGAAACUAGUAGCAAAUACGGCCAGCUGUACUGACUAGUGUGUGUUAUGCCUGUGAAAAUAUUGAUAAAUGUUACAAAUAUAAAAUAUAGGUGCAGUGGACCUGGCAUAAAUCCACACUUUUAUAUUCGUACUGUAAUCCCGUGAUAUAACUGUCUAACUAAUGUAAGUUAUGUUAAUUUUUGUGUUGUCUUCUUCUUGUAUCUAUAAGAAAUCAAUUUAUUAUUGUAAAACAUGAACUUCCUUUUCAAUUUUCAUAAUUAAUUUAAUAUUAUGUUUGUAUUAAAAUGUCUAGUUACUUCUAUAGAUACAAGAUGUUGAUCUCACAUUAUGUUUGAUGGUAUUGUGUGUGUAGAUGUAACUGGGUCACAUAAUCAGAUUAUAAUAUAAUGUUAUUAGUUGUAAAAUAUCAUAUUUUUUGUAAUUGUGUCAACGAAUAUAAUUACCAUAAAAUCUGUGUUGACAAAUAAAGAACAUAAGAUGUUUUAUAGAUAUUUUUCAUCGAAAUAACUAAUGUUGUACGUAAAAUGUGAAUGGUUGUGUAAAUUUUGGGAUACCAAUAAAGUGUAAGAUGAUUUGGGCUCAUCUUCAAGAUGAUGGAUAACAAUUUUAUUAACAAUCUUUUUCUCAAAUUAUAUGUAUUCAUUCACAUUGUAAAAAAGUGUACAUUUUAUUUGCGUUAAAUGGUGACCCUGAAGAUUGUUUCACAGUUCGUUAACUUGAUGUCCGUUGUGUUAUUCCCAGUUCUGUUUGUAGGAAGACACUUGAUGCCCAACCGAGGGCCAAUGAUGUUAUAUUGUAUCAAGUAUUCCCUCAAUAUCAUAGCAGUGAAGUUUCGUUGUAUAUUUUUAGCAUUUAUUUUAGAUGUAUGUAUGUAUAUUAUGUCUCGCCACCGCUCCUCGACGCGAUGUAUUGAUU